AUGAUCUUCGACGUCAGCAGCCUCUUUGCACUCUUCUGGGUACCAUAUGUUAUCAUGGUGAACUUUGCCGUGACGCGCGUAAUUGCAGCCCUGUUCUUGAAGUCGACACUCGAAGUCGCCGCGCGGGAGAAGGAGAAAGUUGCCAACGAGGCCAAGAAGAAGAAGGACAAGGUGGCGAAGCGCCUUAAGCACAUCUUCAAGCUGGCAGAUGGGAGUGGUGACGGGUGCGUAGAAUUGGAAGAUUUCCGGCGGAUGCUCGACGAGCCAGAUGU